AUGCCGCGCCUCACACAGUACAACUAUGUCUUCGCCAUCGGCACCUUCUUUGCCCUGCUCGAUGCCUACAACAACGGUGCUAACGAUGUUGCCAACGCUUGGGCUACUUCGGUCUCGUCCCGCUCCGUCACCUACCGCCAGGCCAUGAUCCUGGGUACCAUCUUCGAGAUGGUUGGCGCCAUCACGGUUGGUGCCCGUACUGCUGAGACCAUCAAGAACGGAAUCAUCCCUCCCGAUGCCUUCAAGGGUGACGCCGGUGUUCAGAUGCUUGCCUUUACUUGCGCUCUGGCCGGUGCCUCUAUCUGGGUCAUGUGGUGCACAAGGCACUCCGCUCACGUCUCGUCCUCGUACUCGCUCAUCUCAUCCGUUGCUGGUGUCGGUGUUGCCGUCGCUGGUGCUAGUAAGGUCCAGUGGGGAUGGAACAAGGGCAAGGGUCUUGGUGCUAUCUUCGCUGGUCUUGGAAUGGCUCCUGCUGCCUCCGCCUGCUUUGGUGCCAUCAUCUUCAUGCUCAUCAAGACGACUGUUCACCUCCGCAAGAACCCCGUGCCCUGGGCUAUCUGGACCGCGCCCUUCUUCUUCCUCAUCGCCGGUACCGUCUGCACCCUCUCGAUCGUCUACAAGGGAUCUCCCAACCUCGGUCUUAACAAGAAGCCUGCGUGGUAUGUCGCUACCGUCACUGUCAGCUGCGGUGUUGGCCUCGCCCUUCUUUCCUUCCUCAUCUUCGUCCCCUACCUCCACGCCCGCGUCGUCAAGAGGGAUCACACCGUCCGCUGGUACCACAUGUUCAUGGGCCCUCUCCUUUUCCGCCGCCCCUCCCCUGAGGGUGCCGAGGCUGCUCGCGUCCCCGACUACGCUGUUGUCCAGCACCACGACGAAGAGGUCAAGCCUGAGCUCAAGAAGUCCGACAGCUCCUCCGACGAAAUCACUCCUGCCGACCAUGAGAAGGGUCUUGUUGUCACCGAGGACCGUCAGCUCAGUUACAAGGAGCUUAUGCAGCAGGGUCAGGACCGCUUCCACGCCAGGCUCAGGACCAAGAGCGGCCUUCUCGGCUGGGCUAUGCGCUACCUCCACCAGAACCAGAUCGAGACUGGUGAGAUCUACGAGAAGAAGAACAUGAUCAUCACUCUCAAGCGCAUUCCUGCCAUGAUCGUUGUUGGUGCUCUCUACGGUGCCAACUACGACAUCCACGCAGCCCAGACUGGUAUCCACGGUACUCCUGAGGGCAGGCGCAUGGAGCGUGUCUACUCCCACGCCCCCAAGUACGCCAACGAGGUCGAGCACACAUACUCGUUCGUCCAAGUUCUUACUGCUUGCACUGCUUCCUUCGCUCACGGCGCCAACGAUAUCGGUAACGCUGUCGGUCCGUGGGCUGUCAUCUACUCUGCCUGGAACACUGGUAGCGCCUCCAAGUCCAAGGCCCCUGUCCCUAUCUGGCAGCUUGCUGUUCUCUCCGCCACUUUGUCUCUGGGUCUCGUCACUUACGGAUACAACAUCAUGAAGGUCAUGGGUAACAAGAUCACCUACCACUCGCCUAGCAGAGGUUGCUCCAUGGAGAUGGGCGCCGCGCUUACCGUCCUCAUCUUCUCGCAAUACUCCCUCCCCGUCUCGACAUCCAUGUGCAUCACCGGUGCUACUGUCGGUGUCGGUCUCUGCAACGGUACCAUCAAGGCUGUCAACUGGCAGCGAGUUGGUCUCCUUGUUUUCUCGUGGAUCAUGACUAUCCCUAUUGCUGGCACCAUCGGUGGCCUGGCCAUGGGUAUUGUCCUCAACGCCCCUCACUUCAAGUAA